GCCAUGCCCGCGGCCUGGCCGUGAUCGCCUUGGCCGCGAUGCCUGUUCCGGAGCGGCUCGGUCUUCGUCUCCGUCUGCAUUCCUGGGCUGGCCGAACAACACCCGGGCCUGCUUCGUUGCCGAGCGAACAACGCCCUCUCUGACUCUGUCGAUCCUCGCAGCGAUGAACUGCCGACUCUUCAACACCGCCAAGUUCAACGGCUAUGCGGUCGAAUACAGUCCAUACUUUGAACAUCGCCUGGCAUGCGCUUCGGCCUCGAACUUUGGCAUCAUCGGCAAUGGCCGGCUCUGGAUUCUGAACGUCUCGCCCAACAACGUGGCAGUCGAAAAAUUCUACGACACUCAAGACAGCAUCUUUGAUUGCGCCUGGAGCGAGCUGCACGAGAACCAUAUCGCCACAUGCAGUGGCGACGGCAGCGUGAAGCUGUGGGAUACCACCCUGAUGGACUUUCCGAUCCGCAACUGGUCCGAGCACGGCAAGGAGGUAUCGAGCAUUCACUGGAAUUUGGUCAAGAAGGACGUUUUCUUGACGGCGUCGUGGGACCAGACUAUCAAGCUGUGGCAUCCCGACCAGCCCCACUCGAUUGCCACAUUCCGCGACCACGCACAUUGCGUAUAUGCCGCCAUCUGGUCGCCUCGGAAGAGCGACGUCUUUGUCUCCGCAUCCGGGGAUCAGACCGCAAAACUCUGGGAUAUCCGGACCGCCCCGACUGCAGUUCAGACUCUGACGGGGCACAAGGGCGAGGUGCUAUCCGUCGACUGGAACAAGUACUCGGAGUUUUGUGUCGUGACGGGUUCGGUCGACCGCACCAUCAAGGUCUGGGAUAUUCGGCAGCCCGGACGUAUCGUCAACUCACUUCACGGCCAUGAGUUUGCCAUUCGAAAAGUCAAGUGCAGCCCGCACGACGGCAGUGUGGUCGCAUCAGCGUCGUAUGAUAUGACCAUGCGUGUCUGGGACAUCAAUCCUCCUGGCGGGCGGGUUCGGUUUGUUGACAACAACCACUCUGAGUUUGUGGUUGGUCUGGACUUUAACAUGUACAUUCCAGGGCAGGUGGCGACGUGCGGAUGGGAUGAGAAGAUCCAGGUUUUGGAUCUCCCCAAGAGCUAAAGGAGCAUCUCGGGCAUAACGUAGGGCAAUGUCGCCUAGAUCGGGAACCGAUUCGGUGUUCGCCGGCAAUAUCCUGACAUCAAGUGCGCGUGGUCCGGUCCAAACAGUUUUACCGAUUUGUAUGACCCAUUCCAACAACUCUGUUUCUGUGUUGGAAAUAGAUCGGUUCAUCGCGAGCA